AUGAAUUAUAUUUAUAGUUAUUUCUUUAAACAACAGCAACAACAACAAACUAAUAAUAAAACUACAGAUAAAAUGGAAGUAGAACAAAAGAUUGAUGAUGCUUUGUACAGUAGACAACUUUAUGUAUUAUCACAUGAGGCAAUGCAAAAGAUCACUUCAACCAAUGUAUUGGUUGUUGGUUUGACAGGUCUUGGUAUUGAAAUCGUAAAGGAUGUAGUCCUUGCUGGUGUUAAAUCUGUUACUCUCUAUGAUGACGAACCCGUUAGAAUUACCGAUCUUUCUUCACAAAAUCACAAAUUGGUCAAAAGAAGAUCAGAUGCAUGCAUUCAAAAAGUUGUAGAAUUAAAUAAUUACGUUAGAAUCAACUCUCACACUGGUGAGUUGACCGAGGAGUUCCUCAGUGGAUUCCAAGUGGUCGUACUCGCCAAUCAGAGUUUGUCGACUCAACUUCGUAUCAACGAAAUCUGUCAUAGAAAUAAGAUCAAGUUCAUUGCCUCGGAGACUCGUGGUGUUUUCGGUUCAAUUUUCAAUGAUUUUGGCGAGGGAUUCCAAGUGGUCGACACCAACGGUGAGAACCCAGCAAGCUAUAUGGUCAGUGCCGUCUCACAAGACAAGACCGGUGUCGUCACUCUGGUCGACGAACAGAAGCUCCAGUUGCAAGACGGUGACUUUAUCACCUUCAAGGAGAUCAACGGUAUGACUCAGUUGAACGAUUUGCCACCACAAAAGAUCAAGGUCAUCUCACCAUACACCUUCUCGAUUGGCGACACCAGCGCUUUCGGUCUGUACACCAACGGUGGUUACGUCACCGAGGUCAAGCAGCCAAAGACUGUCAACUUCCAACCGUUGAAGACCGUCCUCGAGAAGGCCGAAGGUUUGUUCACCUCUGACGAUUUCAAGUUUGAUCAUCCAUACACCUUGUUGGCUGGUUUCCAAGCGAUCCACGCCUUCAACGAAACUCACAAGCACUUCCCACGUCCACACAACAAGCAAGACGCCGAAGAGGUGUUGAAGACCGCCAAGGAGUUCGCCACCAAGUUGGAUAUCGAGUUGAAGGAGAAGUUGAUUGAACAACUCUCGUUUGUUGCCUCUGGUGACACUGUCGGUUUGGCUGCUGUCAUCGGUGGUAUCACCGGUCAAGAAGUCUUGAAGGCUGCCUCUGGUAAGUUCCACCCAAUCACCCAAUUAAUGUAUUUCGAUGCCAUCGAAACACUCCCAACCGAAGAAUUGCCAGAGUCUGAAUUCCAACCACAAAACAGCCGUUACGACGCACAAAUCGCUGUCUAUGGUGCCACCCUCCAGAAGCGUAUCGAAAAUCUAAAAUAUUUCUUGGUCGGUGCCGGUGCCAUCGGUUGUGAGAUGUUGAAGAACUUCUCGAUGAUGGGUCUCGGUUGCGGUGAGAAUGGUAUGAUUCACGUCACCGAUAUGGAUACCAUUGAAAAGUCAAAUUUGAAUCGUCAAUUCCUCUUCCGUUCCUCCGAUAUCAAUCAUCUCAAGUCAGAGUGUGCCGCUCGUGCCGUCAAGGUCAUGAAUCCAUCGGUCAACAUCAAGUCCUAUGCCACUCGUGUCGGUCCAGAGACUGAGAAUACCUACAACGAAGAUUUCUACAAUUCACUCGACGGUGUUUGUAACGCCCUCGACAAUAUCGACGCUCGUAUGUACAUGGACAGUCAGUGUGUAUUCUACGGUAAGCCACUCUUGGAGUCUGGUACUCUCGGAACCAAAGCCAACACCCAAGUCGUAGUUCCAAAGCUUACAGAGUCCUACAGCUCAUCGCGUGAUCCACCCGAAAAGUCGAUCCCAAUGUGCACUCUCCACAACUUCCCCAAUGCCAUCGAGCACACCAUCCAAUGGGCUCGUGAUCUCUUUGAGGGUAUCUACAAGAACUCUGCCGACAAUGUCAACUCCUACCUCACCAAUCCAACCUUUAUUGAUGGUCUCCAAAAGCAAAACAGCCACGUCCGUCUUGAAACCCUCCAACAAAUCAAGUCGUCGCUCCUCGGUAAGCCACUCAAUUUCGAGCAAUGCGUUAACUGGGCUCGUUUGAAAUUCGAAGAGCUCUACAACAACAACAUCGAACAGUUGCUCUACAAUUUCCCAAGAGACAUGAUCACCACCACCGGAAGUCCAUUCUGGUCCGGUCCAAAGCGUGCUCCAACUCCACUCAAGUUUGACCCAUCCAACCCACUCCACCUCAAUUUCGUCGUUGCUGCCGCCAACUUGCGUGCCUACAACUACGGUAUCAAGGGUGACUCGAACGCCGAACAAAUCAAAAAGUGGGCUACCGAUGUCAUUGUGCCAGACUUUACUCCAAAGAAGGUAAAGAUCUCCACCAACGAGACCGAGCAACAACAACAACAGCAACAACAACAACAACAUAACGACGGUGACGACGACCAAACCGACAAGGUACUCAACGAGAUCCCACACCCAUCCGAGUUGGCAGGUUACAAGAUCAACCCAAUCUCCUUUGAGAAGGACGAUGACACCAACUUCCACAUUGAUUUCAUUACCGCCGCUUCCAACCUCCGUGCCACCAACUACAACAUCACACUCGCCGAUCGUCACAAGACCAAGGGUAUCGCCGGUAAGAUCAUUCCAGCUUUGGUUACCACCACUGCUUUGGUCUCUGGUCUCGUAUGUCUUGAGCUCCUCAAGGUCAUCCAAAACAAACCAAUCGAUGCCUACAAAAACGCUUUCCUCAAUCUUGCCAUUCCAUUUUUCGCUUUCAUUGAGCCAGUUGCUCCAGCCAAGAACAAGGUACGUGAGGGAUGGCAAUUCACAUUGUGGGACAGAUUCGAUGUCGAAGGUGAUAUCACUUUGGCAGAGUUCCUCGAUCACUUCCAAAAGAAAUACAGAUUGGAUAUCAGUAUGAUCUCCUGUCAAGUCACACUCAUGUAUGCCAUGUUUAUUGAUAAGAAGACAAAGGAAGACAGAUUAAAGACCAAGAUGAGUGUACUUUAUGAGACUCUCAGCAAGAAACCAUUACCAGAGAAGAAAUAUUUAGUAUUUGAAAUUUGUUGCUCCGACAUGGACAACGAUGAUGAGGAUGCCGAAGUUCCAUACGUCCGAUACAGAUUCAGAGAUUAA